GGAGUCUUCAUCUAGUUCCUUUUGCGGUUCGAAGAUCCUAAUUUGGCAAAUGUCUAAACUUCUUGAAUGCUGUAACCCCAUACCACUCAAUCUCAAGAGUUUGCUCGACUUUGCUGUAUGUAUCUGCUUUAUCGUCUGUACUUUGCGAGCUUUUUCAGACGCAUAAGCAGUCCUGUUACAGUCUUUCUUACCCAACGCCGCAAAGACGACAGUCAAGUGCGCCCUGGAUUUGAAUUCAAAAUGGAACAGAAUGAAUUAUUAUUAUGCGCCGAGCGUCAGUCAACCAGACGAGCAUACAUUCUUGUGCGGUUAUAACAAAGUCCGCCGCUAUGGAACUACACAGCCACCAAGUGCCGAGUCUCUUCCAAAGAAAUAUAUUACUUAUUAUGUACAACCUAACGAUACUCUGCAAGGGAUAGCCUUGAAAAAUGAUUGCAGUAUAUCAUCAAUUGUGAGAGCAAAUAAAUUAUGGUCGAUGGAUGCAUUACAUCUGAAGACGUCAAUCCGCAUUCCCGUAGAAGGAGGUAGCUAUAAUCCAGCUGAAGUGGACCAGCAAUAUUCCAAUGCUCGAGCUCCCUCGACCACUCAACAAAAGAAGGAAGAGCGUCCACAAGAGAGCGUGAAGGAUAUAUUAAGUAGGAUUGACACAGCCAUAAAAAACACUAGUUCUAAUGUGAAAAGGCUCGAGCGAGAAUCUACACUUGAAGAAAUGGAUUUCUCGCGAGCUGCAUACCAACCGCAUUCCAGGAGGCAAAAUUCACUUCAGAAAUACUUACGCAGUGAUCACUAUGAUGAAUUGUCUUGAAUAAAAAUGUAACAUAACAA